UUGCCAGUCCUUGCCAAAAUCUUUACUUCAUUAACACUCGGUUCAUUGUACGACACAUUUUACAACACGGCUUGGCGUUUAUCCGGAUCCGGCGUUUACAUCAUCGACGGCGCUCGACAGUUUGCUCCUGCUUUAGAUCUCCUACACGCCACCUGUCCUUCCUCCGAAAGAUCUAUCUGA